CAACUACCCUUUCAACUAACAUGUUUCGUACUUUACCUUACCAUCGCACUCGCCUUUCGUGUUUUUUUUUCCUGUUUAGUUGAGUGAGGGAUUUAGCUUGAACCAAUUCAGAUUAAAGUGCUGUGGUCAAAAAAUUUUUUUUUUUUCAAUUUGGUGAACUCGCCAGUGAAUAUCAUCCGGUCAAUCAUUAUUUUGUAGUGCAACACUUAAGUCUUGGUAUAUCGUUGAACAAAUUUCCAUUCAAUGCAAAGAAGCGAAAUGAAGAGAAUGGCUAAAAGAAAAUGCGAACUGUGGAUUUCGAAUAAUAAAGUGUUAGUCGGUAGCGGUAACAGUAAGAAACCGCAUGCGCGCAAUCCAAACUUCGAGACCGAAGAGACGAAAUUGUUGAUAUCGUUAUGGGGCGAUCCGGUUGUACAGAAAACAUUAAUCACCACACACAAGAAGCAUCCCGUUAUACAGAAAUUGGCUGUGAGUCUUUAUGUUUUUGCAGCAUAUGCAUAUCAACCUUGGGAAUAUGGGGAAAUGUGACGUUGUUCGGCGGGGUUAUGUUUACGUUUUUUGUUUUCAUUUUCAAGCCCGUUUUAAACAGUUUUCCCAUUUAUUGUUUCAAGGUGCAAUCGGUUCAAGGACAAAAUGCGCGAGCACGGAUACUACCGUUCGGCCGAAGAAAUCAACACCAGAAUCAAGAACCUAAAAUGCUUCUACAAUCGCAUCAAAAAAGACGUCGAAUUAGGCGUCAUAUCCGAGCCCACAUGGAAGCAUUAUCAGGCAAUGGAAGAGAUUAUAACCCGUCCGGUAUUCGGCAAUCGGGUCCAGCAACCACACCUGUACAACGCACUGCAACAACAAAAAACUAAUUCGCAGGACGCGAAAUAUUCGUGGAUUAAGAAAAUGGAAGCGGAAGACGACUCGAAUGAAUUGAGACCGGAAGAUUUGCUGUCGGUCGAAGAAGAGCCAGAUGAUGAAGAUGAUGACGAUAACAAUGAGUAUGAUGAGGAUGAUGACGGUGAAAUGGAUUUCGAGGAUGCGUCGCUAGUACCAAAAGAGGAACCGAUUGACAUCGAUGAUGAAGCAGCGAGUGAUGUCGCGGACGCCGAUGACAUUUUCCCGAAACUGUCACAAUACCUUCAGUUAGCAAGCAACCAGCAGCUGGAAUCAAAGAAACGGGCAACAUCUCCGAAAAUAAGCGACAUCAAAAUCAAACAAUCGCCUCCGUCAACACCAGCCACUCCAACUCCUGUAUCAACCCCGACGCCAACCGCUAUCACAUCAACGGUAACAACGACAGCACCAGUCGUUAUCAAGCCCACCACUCAGUCCAGUAAAAUUUCGUUGGUACCGACAAACAUUCUCAUGAAACCUACCGCCACAUCCCUUCCGCAAUCAUCGCUGAAUUUUAGUCCUCAAUUGUUCUGCGCCAAAUCAGCAUCUGGCACUCAAACCGUGUACACAACGACCAGUAACGGUGUGCCAAUGAAAGUGUUGCUGGUAAAUGCACUGCAAACGCCGAAACGAUUACCCACGCAGCAAACUCCACCGUUACUGCUGCCGAAAACCGUAACAACAACGGCGACCAAACUGACCACCACGACAGGAAUCGUAGAUAGUAGCAAAACGGUCAAUAAAUUACCAACGACCGAGAGUUUGACUCAACGGAACGGAAUCGGUGGCAAUGUGCAGAUAAACAAGUCAUUCAUUUCUAACCGAGAAAGUCGGAACGAAACUCGCGGCUUUAAAGGUCUAUUGCAUCGGCUGAUUAACAUCCAGAACGAAUCGCUUGGUAUAAGCAAACAACGACUGAAGAUCGAGAGACAAAGAUUUGAGUUUGAGCAAAAUAUUGGAAAGAAAUUGUUGAGUGUACUGACGAAAAUGGCCAGCAACGGUACAAGUGAUCCGAACAAUAGUACCGCUGUCGAUGCUGAUAAAUCGUAAAAUAUCAUUCCGCACGUGAUUACCGAGAAUAAAUGGAGUAAUUGCUUCACACAAACUGAACAAAGAAUU